AACGGCCGAAAAAGAUUUACUCUAUUAGAUUUAAACAUUACACAUUAGUGUUCUUCUUUGAGUCUUUGAAGACAAACAUAGAAAUCUUCAAAAGCGUGUAGCACGCAUUACUCAGUCUUACAGAAGUUGUUUGCACCAUCAACUUCAACGCCAAAUUCUUCACCUUCAAAAAAAAAAUAAACCCUCAUCUUCAUCUUCUUCUUCUUCUUAUUUUCUCACCAAUUCUUUUUCCAGCUCAAAAUUCCAUGAAAAUAUGGAAAUGGAAGAAGAAACUUCGUUGAAAUUUGAACGUUACCGCCGUGAUCGUCAGAAGCUUCUAGAAUUCAUAAUUUCAUCUUCUGGCUUCAAUUCUUCUCUCUCCGACAUCAACCUCGACACUCUUAGUGCUGACUACGUCAUCAAUUGCGUCAACUCUGGGCGUGUUUUGGAUGUUGAUGAAGCGACGAAUUGUUAUUAUCAUGAAUUAGCAUAUCCUACAAUGAUCCAUUCUCAAUCAGGGAGUUCUUUUUAUACUGUCUCACAACCACAGCUAUCCAGAUCACCUCCUAAGCGUCGGCCUCCUCCGGCUGCAGCCAGUAAGAGAACUACUGUUGCACCACAAUCAACUAUUGCACCAGAAUUGUCAACCCAAGUAGGGGAAGUUUCUAAUUACAAGAUGGCCACAAGGAAGGAUGAAAAUGGGUUCAAGGUCGCAGAUAUGAUAACUAGGCCCUUGAAGUUGGCUGAUAGUGGAGUUAUUCCUCCUUUAGGAUUACCUCACUUGCAGACAGGAUUGUCUGAUGAUGACUUGCGGGAGUCGGCUUAUGGAGUACUGGUUGCAUCUCUAGUCUUUUCGGGGAUCGAAGUGCUAUGUGAACAAAAUCGGAAAAGGGACAAGACUUCCAAACUUUUAGCAGGGUUGAAAGGAAAAAAGAACAAAGAAUAUUUGCCAGCCCAAUUUCAAGAUAGAAAUUUGGAACUACUCAACACCAUACGCACUCAGAUGGAGGUUUCAGAAGCAAUGGAUUUAUGCAUCAGGCAAAGUUUGACGCGAUGUGCUUCUAGGACAUCUUGUGUACAAAUUGAUGUUUUGGAAAUUGUAUUGUGGCUUAUUAAAGGCAUUUCAAGAUCAAGUUUUCCAAAUGAAAAGUCCUAUGUCCAGUGGAAAAAUCGACAGGCAAAUAUGUUGGAAGAACUCUGUUGCCUAAGCCACUUGACUAAUGAAUAUGCAACUGUGAAAUAUUUUAUUGGAAAGAUCAGAAAUGCAAGGGAAUGGGAUAUGAUGUCUCCCACUGAACGAUCUGAGGUUCUAACUUCCAUCAGAGAUUCAGCGUCAGAGAUGAUCCACAAGCCAGGACAUGGAGAUAAUAGCUGUGACUUACCCGGUGGUAACCACUUAAAAGUCCGGCUUUAUGAGAAACUGUUGUCUACAGUGUUCGAUAUCCUUGAAGAAGGACAAAUUUUAGCGGAGGUGAAAGAAAUUUUGAAGCUCAUCAAGUUGACGUGGUCUGCCCUUGGGAUCACUCAGAUCAUUCAUGAUGCACUAUACAGUUGGGUUCUUUUUAAACAGUUUGUUCAAACAGAUAAAGAAGAUCUGUUAGAGUACACAACUACCCAAGUGCAGAACAUUCUAGGUGCUGAAUCCCUUUAUGAAGGAGUGGAAUGCUUCUUCUGUACAAUUGAAUGGCAAGAAAGUGUGUUUCGACUAAAUUUGGUUCAAGCUAUAUUGCUCUCCAUGCAUAUUUGGUGUGAGGGGAAACUACAAGAUUAUCAUGGGCAUUUUAAUCAGAAACCAUCCAACUUGAAGAGGAUACUGACCUUUGCUAUGGCGACGGCAGUUCUUGAUCUAGAUGGCGAGUUAAUUAAACCUGACUCUUCCACUGGAGAUGCUUCGAGAAGGUUAAAGAUCUAUAUUCAGAGCUCUGUUCAAGCUGCAUACAUGCAAGUGCUUGAUUCCCUGGAUCAGAAAUCUAAUCUAGAGGGGAUGCAUCCGUUGGCAUUACUUGCAAAUGCUGUAAAAUUGAUUGCUGAGAGAGAACUUACUGUAUUUUGCCCUGUAUUACAUUUAUGGUGUCCUGAAGCCGGGAUGAUUUCAGCCACACUAUUGCAUCAACUCUUUUGGGAAAGAUUGAGACCAUUUAUACAGGGCAUAUCAUGCUUUUCUCAAGAUGUCAAGGUGGUUCUUGCUGCUGCUCGUAUGCUUGACCGGGAGCUGACUCAACUAUAUUCUUUCAGCUGUAAAGGGAAUAGCUUUCAUCAGCCUUUGAAAGCUGAUUUGGACCAUUAUCAGAUUGCAGAUGUCUCUGCUUCACUUAUUCUUGAUUGGUUGAUUUCUCAACAUACAUAUAUACUGGACUGGAUUGGCCGUGCCUUUGAUCUUGAGGAGUGGGAACCUUUGUCAUCUCAACAGAAACAUGCAAUAUCUGUUGUUGAGGUAUUUAGGAUGAUUGAGGAGACAAUUGAUCAAUUUUUUGGGUUGAAUCUUCCUGUGAAUAUCACACAUUUACAAGCUGUACUUUCUCUAGUCAUACACAGCUUGGACACUUAUAUGACCAAAAUGGUUGGCCAAUUAGUUGACAAGAGCCACCUUUAUCCACAAGCUCCUUCAUUGACACGGUAUGAAGAAACUCUUGUUCCUAUCACUAGGAAGAAGACGAUUGAGCUCAAGAUCUUGGAUGAUAAUUCUAGCAAUACUCUAGAUCAGUUGACAAUAUCCAAGCUCUGUGUCAGACUAAACACUCUUCAGUUUAUCAGAAAUCAAAUUGGUUCGUUGGAAGAUGGCAUGAGGAAAUCAUGGGGACUUGUUAGACCAUCUGUGAAUCGAAGAUGGUUUAACAUUAUAGAAGAAGAACUUUCUGAAGUCUUGGAGAGAACUAUGUCAAUGAAUGAAGAAUCGAUUGACGAGUUAUUUGCUACGACGUUUGAUGGAAUCUUAAAUAGUACCACAAAUGCUAUCAUCAAAGUUGUUGAGUUUACCGGAACGAAAGCUGUUUUCUGGGACCUUAGAGAGAGUUUCCUAUUUCAAUUAUACCGUGGUGGUGUUGAAAGAGCUCGUCUAGACACGGUUCUUCCAAAUGUUGAUGCUGUGCUGAACCAAAUAUGUGGAGUAGUUGAUGACACCGUCAGAGAUCCUGUGGUUUCAAGUAUUUUUCAAGCAUCAUUGGAAGCAUACCUUUGGGUAUUGCUAGAUGGAGGGCCUUCCCGUGCAUUUUCUGAGUCAGAUAUGAUUUCGAUGAAGGAUGACUUGAGAGCACUAGAGGACUUCUUUGUGGCUGAUGGAGAAGGCCUUCCUCGUUCUAUGGUUUUGCGAGAAACGGAAUUUGCACAUCAAGUGUUAGGCUUGUUUUGCCUUCAGACGAGCAGCAUCAUCCAAAUGUUAAUGACUGCAAGCGAGCGCAUCUCAAAUGGGGUUCCAUCAGGUCAUAGAUUAUUGGAUGAUGCUAAUACUUUGAUUCGAAUAUUAUGUCACAAAAAGGAUACAGAAGCGUCAAAGUUCCUCAAGAGGCAAUAUCGCCUCCCUCCAUCUUCAGAGUAUGAAGAAAAUCCAAAAAUUGAAUCUACAUCAAGUUCAGCCGUCAUAUCAGAUCUGCUAAAAAGAAGUUCAUCAUUUCGGUUCUCAGAAUCAGGACGAAGUAGCUUUAAGUCAUUGAAGAAAAAAUUUCAUGAAGCAUGGUGAGAAAAUGUGAUUAUAUCUUCAACUUGAGGUGUAUAAACUCGAAUGUUGUUGGAACGAAGACGGAGGUUGAUUUGCUCUCAUUGCAAGAUUAGGUAGUUGAAAUUAGUUGGUGCAGAUUUUGGCCUAUAAUGUAAGAUUGAUAAACUUGAGAUGAUUAAAAGAAUUAGGUAGCUAGUUUAUUUUUACGAUACCCCGAGUAACAGGUAAUAACAGUUAUUGGCAAAAUCAGCUAAUAAUAUUUGACAAGCACGAGACGAGAGAACAAAAGGUGUUCAGAAAUGAAAAUUUGAGUAUGGAGUAGUUUUGUUAAAUUGAUAGAUUUCGCCAAUAACUGUUAUUCACUUACCAUUUCCCCACCUCAUACACAACCUAAAGAAGGGAAAAUGUGUGGGUAGAGUUUGCAGAGUGGAUUAGAUAGGUUUAUUAGGUUCUUGUGAAAAAAAACAAAAGUUCUGUACCCAGUUUUUGUUGGGUCUUUACGGUUUGUUUAGUUUUAUAAACGAUUGAUAAAGUUUUGAUUUUGCGCAAUUGACGCAUCCAAGGAAUGCCAAUCUGUUUGUAGUGGCAAUUUAUGCGACAA